AUUGCUCUUCUGAUUUCUGAUAGUGAUCCCUCUCUCUCUCUCUCUCUCUCUGACUUUCUGUGAGAAAACAUUUGUACAAAGACAAUAUAUCCGAGAAAAGAAAGUGCAGCAGCUUCAAUGGAGGGACUCCCCUCUGGUUAUCGUCCCAACGUUGGUAUUUGUCUCAUCAACCACGAUCAUUUGGUUUGAUUUGAGAAUCAUCAGUGGUGCUUAUACUGAAAAUGCAAGGGAAAGGAUUAAAUCAGUAAUGGAGCUGUUAAUCAAAGGGGUUUUCGUGGCUUCCAGACUGAAUGUUCCUGGAGCAUGGCAAAUGCCACAGGGAGGCAUUGAAGAUGGAGAGGACCCAAGAUCUGCUGCCAUUAGGGAAUUGCGUGAAGAAACUGGAGUAAUAUCAGCUGAAAUAAUUGCAGAGGUCCCACAGUGGUUAACCUAUGACUUUCCACCAGCUGUAAAGGCCAAAGUAAGCCGUCUUUGGGGAGGAGAAUGGCAUGGACAGGCACAGAAAUGGUUUCUUAUGAGAUUUACCAACGAUGAAAGUGAGAUCAACUUAGCGACUGGUGAAGCGGAGGCAGAAUUCUCAGAGUGGAAAUGGGCGAGGCCAGAAGAUGUAAUUGAGCAGGCCGUAGACUACAAGAGGCCAACGUACGAGGAAGUUAUUCAGACUUUCCAACAUUACCUCAAUGAUGGUAGCAAAGCUGCUAAAUGCCAAUCAACAAAAUGGUGACUUCUGUGCAUGUUAUUAUUCCUCACACAGGUUACUUGUUAUUCGGAUUCUCGACUUCACUGGGCUCUUUGUAUAUGAACUUGUCUUCUAAGAUCUGCAAAUAUAGGUCGGUGAUCUGAUUGUAAUAAGAUACUUCCUUCUGAAUGUUAAUUGAUUUUGUCUGAGAAAAUAGAUGUUAUUGAGUAGCCGAACUAUACUUUUACAGUGAAAGACCAAUGUGUAACAGUCAAGCUAGUUCCUUUGUGCAAGAUCAAUUUAAGCAAAGAAGUUAAUUUUGUUGUUGAUGA